UCCAGGCUCUUGUUUCAAGCAGCGCUCGCCGGACACACGCUCCAUUCAUCUCUGCGUCUUUAUAUACCGGUGAACACGACUAGCGUUGGUUGCUUUAAGUGGUCUUCAGGCAGGCAUGUCAGGCUCAACUUCCCCGCCUCCUUCUGUGGAGGCUGUGGGAGCCGAGGGGUGUUUUCCCCCCGGCUACAAGCCUUUUAAACCCGAAGAGCACGGCCUGGAGCGCGGGUUCCGUCUCACAGCCUUUUCGGACCUGAAAGGAUGAGGCUGCAAGGUCCCGCAGGAGGCUCUGCUCAAACUCCUGGCGGGACUGGAGGCGGACCGGGCCGACGGGACAGGGAAGGCCGGAGACCAAGCAUCGGAGUUCGGCCAACAGUUGUCUGCCCCCCGACUCGGUGUAGGGAUGGACUGCUGUGUGAUUCCCCUGAGGCAUGGAGGGCUCUCACUGGUCCAGACCACAGACUUCUUCUACCCUCUGGUGGAGGAUCCUUACAUGAUGGGCAGGAUAGCGUGUGCUAAUGUCCUCAGUGAUCUCUACGCCAUGGGCAUCACAGAGUGUGACAACAUGCUGAUGCUGCUGAGUGUCAGCCAGAAGAUGAAUGAUAAGGACCGUGAGCGGGUGAUGCCACUGAUAAUUCAGGGGUUUCGUGAUGCAGCAGAGGAGGGAGGGACUUCUGUGACAGGUGGCCAGACGGUGAUCAACCCCUGGAUCAUCGUAGGAGGAGUAGCAUCCGUUGUCUGUCAGCCUAAUGAGUUCAUCAUGCCAGAUGGUGCUGUUCCAGGAGAUGUCUUGGUUCUGACUAAACCUUUGGGGACACAGGUCGCUGUGAAUGCUCACCAAUGGCUCGAUCAGCCUGAAAGGUGGAACAAGAUCAAGCUAGUCGUUACCAGAGAGGAAGUUAAAGAGGCCUAUCAGGAAGCCAUGUUCUCCAUGGCAACGCUAAACCGUACAGCGGCAGGCCUAAUGCACAAGUUCCAGGCUCAUGCUGCAACAGAUGUGACAGGUUUUGGGUUGUUGGGGCACGCCAACAACCUGGCAGCACAGCAACGAAACGAAGUGGCCUUCGUCAUCCACAACCUACCAAUUAUAGCCAAGAUGGCUGCCAUCAGCAAAGCCUGUGGAAACGUGUUUAAUCUGGUUCAGGGCAUGUCAGCAGAGACUUCUGGUGGGCUGCUGGUUUGUCUCCCCAGAGAGCAGGCUGCCAAGUUUUGCUCGGAGAUGAAGAGCCAGAGCUCCGGAGCCGGAGGUCAGGGUGCGGCAGGCGGAGCGUGGAUAAUUGGAAUUGUUGAGAAAGGCGACCGCCGAGCUCGCAUUAUUGACAAGCCCCGCAUUAUCGAGGUUCCACCACGAGGAAGCCAGGCAGCAAAUCAGGACAACAACUCCACCAGCCCGGCUCCUAGCCCCAAUUUGUCAUAGACACUGCCACGGUUUGCGUGUGCGUGAGUGUGUGUUUGUGUGGGUGUUGAUGUUGCUGUCCAUCUCAUCCCCCUUUUCAGUCAGAAUGCUGAGAGCACACAGACCAAAAUCACUGUCAUCUUUAACAGUGGGAGAGGAAAUGGACAGCAUGUAUUAUUAUUUAUCCAUCUUUGGAAAGAGCUGCUGAAAUGAAGCCUAUUGUCACCAUUUUGGAAUGAAAUGUAAAUUCAGGGUAGUAUGUUAUACUAUCCACCCCUUUUUAUUCAGAUCUGUCUUUCUUUUUGCCCUUUCCUAAUUCAUAUAAACUGAUUCACGUAAUUUAUCUGAAUGCAGAAAUGAGUUUCCAUUUAAAGAGAAAACAUUCCAAAUCACUCUUGCCAGAUAAUAAUCAAUUUGAGUGUGAAUGUGUGCGCGUGUGUGUGUGUGUGUGUUUGAGUAUUUUAUCAUUUGACUGGGGUGCUUUGCUGUGGGGAAGUGGAACAGGGUUUUUUGUUGACUCUUCUUUUGGAAGUGAAUGACGUUAAUGUUGGUGAAUGUAUCGUGUGUAAAAGAAAUGGUUUAUCGGUCCUGGCACCUGGAUCUGCCCACACGGCCCAGAGGAAGGCUUGAGCAGCUUCCUUUGGACCAGCUGGGUGGCGUUCAGAAUGUCUGUCUGUGUCAGCUGUUUGGCCGUCCAGCACCAAGUCCCUCCCACCCUUCCUUUUUAUGAAGCUCUGCCUUUAAACCCCAGCCAGCGGGGUCAGGUGGAGUGGAUGUUUGCCUUUGGAUUGGGGUUGGACUUAGACUGCUGGAGGUCUGAAGCUGUCUGUGUUUGGAGAUUUCCUGCUUUUCACAAUCAAUAAAACCAUCAUCAACUCAGA